GCCGGUAAGACUGUCUGAGAAGCAGUCAGUCUGUGCCUGUGCACCCAAAAAGAGAUGCACUGCCGUAGAGUCUCCUUAUAGAGUAGACCCACCACGGAAACUGGUGCAUCUGCCUCACAGCUUUUUUUUCUUCCUUUUUCACGCCAUCCACCGGCUUCACCUCCUCCAACAAUGACGCUUGACCCUCUGGACUUUAAAAAGGGAUGGAUGUUCAUGUUGGACGACACGGCAGAGUGGAGGAAGUUCUGGUUUGUGCUUGACAACUCUGGACUAAAAUACUACACUGACCCUGAAUCUGAGGAGAGGGAUGAGCCAGAUGGAGAGAUUGAUGUUCGCCGCUGUGUGAGAGUGGUGGAAUUUGAGGCUGAUAAGAACUAUGGUCUCCAGAUACAUACACGAGAUGGAGAAGUAACCUUAUCAGCCAUGACUUCACGCAUCAGGAGGAACUGGAUCGACAUUCUGCAGAGACACAUCAGACCCAAUGGAUUACCUGAUAUCACACUGCACAUGAACAGCGAUAAGGACACCUCUUCAUCACAUCCAGAUCAACAUAACUCGGGUUCAGAGGUCAUGAGCCCAGUGCAGGAUGAGCCGGACAUGAUGUCAUCACCGUCUACCAAUCAACGGGAGGCAGGCGUGGGGCGAGAUAAGGAUCAAGAAAAGCGUCUGGAGGACAGAACUAAGUGGUUCCAGGAAGGACUCUUGGACAGAGAGGGCGAGAGCCCAUGGGACAAAGUACAGUUGAAGAAAGGUACGGUGGCCUCAGUGACUCAUAUGAUGCCACAGAUCUCUGAGACCCUGAUAGGGACAGACAUUGAGAAGAAGUGGGAGGAUUUUGAGAAGAUUCCUUUCGGAGAGAUGAUGUUGAUUUCGUCAAAUGGCUCACAGGCUCAACCAGCAACCAGUGAGGCACUACAGAAAGAGGUCCUGUCACUGAGGCAGCAGGUUGAGGCUCUGCGUAAAGGCCGAAUCGGAGGUGGGCCCAUCGUCCCCUGCGGCCCUGACACACCCUGCGCCUCCAAACUGGAGCAGAUAGAGAGAGAGCACAGAGAGAGACUGCAGGAGAUGGAGAGAGAGCACGAGAGAGAGAGGAGAGAGAUGGAGAGAGAGAAAGAGCGGCUGCUGAAGGAGGAAGCACAGAAUGCCAUACAAGCCAUGGAGGCUCUGAGGAAGGCCCAUCAGGAACAGCUGGAGAAAGUGAGAGGAGGACAACAGACAGACUCCACUCUACUACUGCCGGAGUCUGUGUCUCUGCAGCAGGAGUUGGAGGGUCUCUCUGAGCGUUAUUCUCAGCGGUGUGUGGAACUGAGGCGAGUGCAGCACACGGCAGGACAGAAACACACACUGAUCCAGGAAAAGGAGAGAGAAGUGCUGCAGCUGCGCAAAGAGAACCAGGAUCUGCAGGCGCGUCUGACUGAGGAGAUGAGCCUCAUGCGAUCCUUCAUCACAGGUCAAAAGUCUGGGGUCGUCUCCAUCGGUAGUCUGGAGCACAGUUCAUCAGAGUUAGAGAUGUUAUUGAGAGUGAAGGAGAAUGAGAUUGAGUACUUACAUAAGGAAAUCGGCUGUCUCAGGAACGAGAUCCAGUCUCUAACUAAGGAGAAGCAGGAGCUGAGCGAGCGCUACAAGGCCGUGUACGUGGAGCUGAGUGGAAUAAAGGGGCUCAGUGACAGAGAGAUUAUGUCUCUUAGAGAACACCUCAGACUGACCAACGCUGCCCUGGAGGAGGAGCAACUGUACGGCAACAGCACUAACCAAUAAGACACAGAAUGGAUGGAUGCUUUUAUCAGCCCCCAUCUAUAACAAGGCGGUGUUUGGAUUGAUUUGAUUCAGAAAUGUACACUUUUCACAUUAAUAACAAAAUAAUACAUCAACACAGUUGCUGCUUUGCAGUUUACUCACCUUCAGCAAUAACUGUGCUGAUGUAAUAUAUUUAUUCAUGUGGGAAUCAUUUACAUGUUUGUCUCAAGUCAAUUCAGUGCAACUUUGGACAACAGGGGGCACUGAUUUGUUUACUGAAUGAGCGACCAAGCUAGUUUUCCAGAUUUAAAAGGAACUUAUUUUCUUAUUUGCCUUCAUUUGAAACUUUUAAGGAUACUGGGCAUUAAGCCUUCCUUAUUUCAUGAGAAUAUUUAACUAAAUAUAAAUAAAUUAUUUUAAAAACGC